AUGACCACACCGUUCAUGGCCGCCUACGUCAAGCUGCUCGUCCGCACGUGCCACCGUCGUGGCGCUCACGCUAUGGGCGGCAUGGCGGCUCAGAUCCCCGUCAAGAACGACCCGGAGCUCAACAACAAGUUCAUGGCUGCCGUCACGGAGGACAAGUCGCGUGAGGUGACUGCGGGUCACGACGGCACGUGGGUGGCGCAUCCGGGUCUCGUCAAGAUUGCCAUGGACGCGUUCAGCAAGAUGUCGGGUCCGAACCAGAUCUCGUUCAUCCCUGAGGUCGGCAAGGAUAUCACUGCAGCUCAGCUCAUCGAACCCCCGACGGGUGCUAUCACGUACAAUGGUCUGGUGGAGAAUAUUGACGUGUCGCUCGUGUACACGGAGGCGUGGCUUCGUGGCAGUGGCUGUAUCCCGCUGCAUAACAAGAUGGAGGACGCUGCUACGGCCGAGAUCUCGCGUGCACAAGUCUGGCAAUGGAUUCGUCACAGCUGUAAGACGGUGGAGGGCAAGACCGUGACGAAGGAUUUAGUGCUGGACAUCCUGAAGGAGUGUGUCAACAAGCGGUCACUGAAUGCCCCUCCGGGCAACAAGUGGGCGCUCGGAGGCGAGAUCAUGGGCAAGGUGCUGACAGGAGACGACAUGGUGGACUUCCUCACGCUGCCGUGCUACCCGCGCAUUGUGCAGCUCGGAUCGAGCAUCUGA